CCCCCUCCCGUCCCGCUCCCCUCCCGUCCCGCUCCCCUCCCGUCCCCAUGCGGCGCGGCUGAGGCGGGCGGCGGCCCGAGCCCCCCCCGGCCAUGCUGCCCCGUCCCGCCGUCCCCGGGGAGGCGAGGCGGGCGGCUGCCUCGGGCCGCAGCCGCUCCCGGCCGCGGGGCGCUGGCGGCGGCCCCGUCCUGCUGCCCUCCAUGCUGAUGUUCGGCGUCAUCCUGGCCUCCAGCGGGCUGCUCCUCAUGAUCGAGAGAGGCAUCCUGGCCGAGGUGAAGCCGCCGCACCCGGCGGCGGGGGAGCCGUCCCGCCGAGGCGGAGGUGCGGGUGCCGGGGAGUCCCCCGGCGAUUUGGACUCGGAGGUGCUGCGGGACAUCCGCAACCGGACCAUCGGCGCGGUGUGCGGGCAGCGGGCCAUGCCCCGCAGCGUCUGGGAGCUGCCGGCCGGGCAGCGGCGCACGGUGCUCCGGCACCUCCUGGUCAGCGACAAGUACCGCUUCCUGUACUGCUACGUGCCCAAGGUGGCCUGCUCCAACUGGAAGCGCAUCCUGAAGGUGCUGGACGGGGCGCUGGAGAGCGUCGACGUCAAGCUGAAGAUGGACCACAAGAGCGACCUGGUGUUCCUGGGGGACAUGAAGCCGGACGAGAUCAGCUACCGCCUGAAGAACUACUACAAGUUCGUCUUCGUGCGGAACCCCAUGGAGCGGCUGCUGUCGGCCUACAGGAAUAAAUUUGGGGAGAUCAAGGAGUACCAGCAGAAGUACGGGGUGGAGAUCAUCCGGCGGUACCGGAAGAACGGGGGCAACUCGGCGGGCGACGACGUGACCUUCUCGGAGUUCCUGCGGUACCUGCUGGACGAGGAGGUGGAGAGGAUGAACGAGCACUGGAUGCCCAUCUACAACCUGUGCCAGCCCUGCGCCGUGCGCUACGACUUCAUCGGCUCCUACGAGCGGCUCCACGCCGACGCCAACCGCGUCCUGGAGCGGGUGCAGUCGCCCUCCUUCAUCCGCUUCCCCGAGCGCCAGCCCUGGUACAAGCCCGUGACGGCGGAAACGCUCCAGUACUACCUGUGCAGCACCCAGCGCUGGCUGAUCAGAGAGCUGCUGCCAAAAUACAUCCUGGAUUUCUCCCUCUUCGCCUACCCCCUUCCCAACGUGACCAGCGAGUUUUGCAGGCAGUGAGCGGCUCCGCGCGGGGCCUGGUGUGGAUUCUGCCUUCCCAGCAGGGAUUUGCUGGUGCAGCCACCCCUGCGAGUGACCCGUUGCUGCAGGGCCUGUGGAACACCCUCUUCUAUGCAUCGUUUCCUAUUUUUUUUAUACGUUCCAAACGCUGUUUAUAUAUAAAAUGUUGUAUAUUGCCUUUGCUACUAGGAUGCUUUUUUGUAUUGUCCUGAUUUCAGCGUGUACAUAGGCCGCUGAGUGGAGCACAGCAGCUUUUGUAUAUCUUAUUUUGCUUUAAAUUCUUUUUUUAUGCCAAGACGGGGAAAACACCUGUAGGGAAAUCGAGAAACGGAUCUAUUUUAAAGUAUUUUCCCCCACUCUUUUGUGUUUUGUAAUAGUAACGUGGCUGAAUUGCAGUCAUAACGUAGAGGCUGUUGUGCUAGAACUUGGCACUGUUAAACCUGGUCCUGGGUUAGACAGGAGGUGAUCUUGAGAUACGAGUAGAAGAAAUCGUUUUUAUGAAUUAGGCCUUAUUUUUACGUUGUUUUCUCAUUUGUAGAUGGUGGUUGAUUGAGGCUGGUCUCUUUUUUUUUCCCCCGUGACAGGGGUACCUCUGAGUGUUGUUGUUAUCACUAUUAUUUACCAUGGAAAUGAAACCAGCGAGAGGAUAACACCCACUUUUGUGUGAUUCUAAGCUUUGAAAGUACCAGCUGUUUGCCUGGCGUAACAAAUCGGAUGCAAUAUCAAGCCAUAGCAAUUUGCUCGCUCUCUCUCUCUCUCUCUCUCUCUCUCGGAAUUAAAGCAAUACAGACUCUUCUGAUAAGACCAAAAAAGAUUCUGAGGACAGAAAGCAACAAGCCCCACAGCCGCCGUGGCCCUCUGGGUGCAAACCACCCUGGAAAAGUGCUUCCUCCAGCCACGUUUGAAACAAGGGCCGUUUGAGGGUUAGUUCUCCCUUCUUUCAUAGAGGUGCACGCUGUUUUUGUAGCUACUCGUAUUUAAUGAUGGCUGUUAAAUGGUAAAAGUUUGGGAGACAAUGUGGAACGUCGUUCCCGGGAGGCUGCGUCCUCGUUUCUAAUAAAUCUUUUAUACGAAUUA